GGUGGCUAGGAGCAGAGUCGUCAGCACAAGUCCUCCGGUCCCGCGACGGCUGCCUUCAUGUGCAAGGUGCAUGUGCAAGCUGGACUGGCACAUAUGAGGCAUGCAAAACACCCAUUUUCUCGGCGAAGCAGCAAAAGCUUCAAAUCUCAUGCAGGCCCUUGAACAAGCAUACUAGGCGAGAGCGAGCGAUGGCUGAGAUGCUGCUUGCUAACAAGUUAACCCCCCCAAACGGCCUCAAGUCAAGCAGCCUGUGACGUCGGUUGCCGAUGCACCUGCGAGCCUGUAUUUUUCCAAUCACCCCACCAGUUCCGUUGUAUUGAGCCCAACCCGACUUGACCCCUCCGACAAGUGCCAAUAAGUUCAACAGGUCAGUCGUUUUUCUGUGCACAGUUCCGUAGCUCAACCAAAGUUCAUAUUUUUCUCUCUCUUCCCUUCUCACAUUGAGCAGCGCUUCUUUCUGUUGCCUCAUUGUUACCCGGCCUAUUUCAACAUGUCUCUGUCUAACAAGCUCGCGAUCACCGACAUCGACCUCAAGGACAAGCGUGUCUUGAUCCGAGUCGACUUCAAUGUCCCGCUUGACGCCGACAAAAAGGUCACCAACAACCAGAGAAUAGUGGGCGCUCUACCUACCAUCAAAUACGCCAUCGAACAUGGAGCCAAAGCCGUCAUCCUCAUGUCCCACCUCGGUCGCCCGGACGGGAAGAAGAACCCCAAAUAUAGCUUGAAGCCGGUCGUCCCCGAGCUCGAGAAGCUUCUAGGCAAGAGUGUCAUAUUCACCGACGACUGCGUUGGUCCUGAGGUGGAAGAGGUUGUCAACAAAGCCAGUGGUGGCCAAGUCAUCCUGCUCGAAAACCUGCGUUUCCACGCCGAGGAAGAAGGGAGCUCCAAGGACAAGGACGGCAACAAAGUCAAAGCCGACAAAACCGCUGUUGCCAACUUCCGGAAGGGUCUGACCGCGUUGGGUGAUGUGUACAUCAACGACGCCUUUGGGACCGCUCACCGAGCCCACAGCUCCAUGGUCGGAGUAGAGCUACCUGAGAAGGCAUCUGGGUUCUUGAUGAAGAAAGAACUCGACUAUUUUGCUCAAGCUCUUGAGAACCCCAAGCGGCCAUUCCUCGCCAUCCUCGGCGGUGCCAAGGUUUCGGACAAGAUCCAGUUGAUCGACAACUUGCUCGGCAAGGUCAACAUCCUGAUCAUUUGUGGCGGCAUGGCUUUCACGUUCAAGAAGACUCUGGAGGGUGUUAAGAUCGGCAACAGCUUGUUCGAUCAAGCCGGAAGCGAAAAAUGUGCCGAGCUGGUGGAAAAGGCCAAGAAAAACAACGUCAAGAUCGUCCUACCCUGCGACUAUAUCACUGCAGACAAAUUUGACAAGGAUGCCCAGACUGGCACCGCGACGGAUGCUGAAGGCAUCCCCGAUGGAUGGAUGGGUCUCGACUGCGGCGAAAAGAGCAUCGAACUGUAUAAGCAAGCCAUCGAUGAGGCGCAGACGAUCCUGUGGAACGGUCCUCCGGGAGUUUUUGAAUUCGACAAGUUCGCCAAUGGCACCAAACAGACCUUGGAUGCCUGCGUCAAAGCAGCCCAGUCUGGGAAGAUUGUCAUCAUUGGUGGAGGUGACACAGCAACUGUCGCAGCCAAGUAUGGGGUGGAGGACAAAUUGAGCCAUGUGUCCACGGGCGGUGGUGCAAGCCUGGAACUGCUGGAGGGCAAAGCUCUGCCAGGCGUGGUCAACCUGUCUAGUAAGUAGUCUACAUCCUCCAUGAUCGACGACGCGCACGAUUGAUUGGUAUCGAAGCAAGCGGUACUGCGAGACCGAACCUCUGAGGGCAAUGCAAAACAAAGACAGUCCAUUGUUGUAUGAUAGUUUUUUCUCCUCCCACGAACUGCUAGAAGGGAACAUGCCGUAUCUUUAACCAUUGAUGCCCUCGGUCCAUGAUACCAGAACGCCAUGCAAUGCACUGCUCUCGCACAACAAGCUCUA